AUGUUGCGCAAGAAAGAGGCUUUUACCCUCGUCACACCCAUUCCGGGCUUCAUCCCGCGACAACUCGCCAUUGACAUCCUCCACUCCCACAGCGAAGUCAUCACCCUCAACCCGCUUGUCCUCGGCCACAAGCCCAUUUCUGCGCCUCGCAAUGCCGCCGCCGACGAGUUUUACAGCACUUGGUAUGAGAUUGAGGAGCGAGUCCAGGUCAUCCCUGGCAUUGGCAAGAUGGGCGGGAGCAAGAUCAAGUUCAACGGCUGCUUCCACGACAUGCCCUGGGGUCUCCAGACUCACAUCUACGCUCCCCUGAACAUCGAUUUGCGCAACACGUAUCGCAUUUGCGGCAACCAGCCUGGAAUCGAGCCUCCGGAGCAUCGCGAGAUUGGCCUCGAGGCCCUCGGAGCCCCCUCUGACGGCUUGUACCUCCGCGAAGACAUCGAGAUCAAGACCAACAUCGCCAUGGUCAGCUUUGUCAAGGCCCAGCUCAAGGCUGCCAACAAGGAGAUGGUCCAGCGCAUCAUUAAGAAGGCCGAGCUGCUCGAUGCUGGUGUCCUGAAGGCAAUGAUGGAGGACGGCAAGCUCAGGACGGUCAACCCCAACGACCGUUCCCAUACGCCCGCAACGGCCGCGUCUGCAGACCCCAGACGACAGUCUUCCGUUUCCUAUGGAAUGGGCCAAAAGAGCCCUCAGCUGGCACAGGCAGGCCAUAUGCCACCAAAUUACUCCCCGGGUUAUUCUCCCUACGCCUAUCCUGCCCCGCCUCAAACACCGCAGAUGUACGACCCUCGACAGUCAACAUACCAACAAACGCCCCAACCUGGCAUGUACGCGCCACCGCCAAUCCCUCCCAAGGAGCAAAUGGUCAUCAUGGAACUGCCCGGCGACUACCCGCCUCAACACGGUCUCUACCCGUCUCCACAGCCGAGCCCGGGAUACCGUCCACCCUCUUCAUCCUCGUCUGACCCACGCUGGUCUGCCCAGCCCAGCCCGUCCAUGAUGCAUCCGCAAAGAAUGAGCACCGGGUCUACCAGCAGCGCGGGCCAACAUCCGGGCUUUGUGUCAGAGCUGGCAACACAUAACGAAAAAUCAGAGUACUAG